AUGUUUCUCGACGACCCCAACGAGGCCAUAAGACCGGACUAUACUAGUGACGAGCACCAACAAGCUCGAGAACAACUGGUAAAUGAAGGUUUUACCGAAGAGCAAGCUAUACGCUCUCUAGCAUCACUAUGGACCCUAACAAACAACGCCGACAAACAAUGUUGGGCAUUAAGGCAAGAGAGACUGGAGACCGUGCGUCAAUGUGAAGCACAAGAAGAAGAGCAGCGCCAACAAGCGUGUGAAGAAGAGGAUGAAGCAGCCCGCCUAGAAGAGCGGAAGAAGAACAAGAAUAAGUACACACCCUUCGGUCGUGGCAAGACAACACUGAAGAAGCUCUCGCAAAUCGCAGAACUGGACACUCUGGUCAUGCUCCUGGCCAACGACGGGAUUCAUUCAUGGAUCCCAGCAGACGCAGUCAAAGAUCCAAAAGCCACUGCAGUAACGAGAGAUGAGAACCUCACCUGGGAGGAGUUCAAUGAGGUGGCACCAUGUAUGAUUAACUUUAUGAAACUACACGACUGGCUGAACAAGCGCGUCACCAUGCAUGUGCAGUUUUGGUCGGCCCUGCAAGCGCACUGCUGGCGACACACUUCUGAUCACCUCAAACAACGAGCUCUGCUGCUCUACCAGUCCCAACAGCAGAGGAGGUGGCAUCUCGCCAUAGGCCCAGCCCAGAGCUGGAGUUUAGAAGAGAUCAAUCAAGAGCUACUUACAGAGGCGAGAGAAGAGCUGUUCAACAAGCAUCAAGACUGA